CAAGGAAAACAAACAACCAAAAAUGAAGAUCAAUAGAGGGAGCUCAACACUGCUCAAGCCAACCUAUCAUACCCCAACCCUCCCUCCUACUGAUUCCUUGAUCCCUCUGAGCCCCUUUGAUACCGUCACAUAUCAGAUCCAUGUUGGAACCUUGUAUGCCUACAGACCUCCCAACCCAUCAAAUGAAGUCAUUGAACAAGGGCUCCGCCGGCUUCUUGCCGAGUACAGAGAGUUCGCUGGCCGCCUCAGUUUCGAUGACAAUGGCCACCAGUGCAUCCUUCUCAAUGACGAGGGCAUUCGCUUUGUCGAAGCUACCUCCGGCUCUCCUCUUGGCAGCUUGAUGGACAAGCCAUCUCCGUACUACCUCGACUUGCACCCACACAUUACAGGAAUAGAGGAGGAGUUGUUUCAGGAGAAGCUCACCAGGUUUGCUUGUGGUUCCUUGGUGGUGGGCUGCACCAUCCACCAUGCAGUCUUGGAUGCACAGUCUCUCAGCCGUUUUUUCAUAGCAUGGGGCCAAACUGUGCGCAACAGCAUCCCUGUUCUACCACUCCCACUGCAUGACCGCUCCAUCUUCAUCCCUCGCAACCCUUCUCUCGUUCAGUUUGAACAUAGUGAGAUUGAGUAUACGGCCCGUCAACCAAAGCCCAAGCACCCAGAGCUACAACACACUAUUGUGAUGGAAAGGGCACACUUCCCUUCUGCAUUUUUAGAGAAACUCAAGUCCAAGGCCUCUGGUGACAAUCCUUGUGAUAAGCCUUACACUACCUUUGAGAGCCUUACAGCUCACCUAUGGAGGAAGAUUACCCGUGUCAGGAAUCUAGAAGGGGAGUUGACUACAAAAGUAAGGAUUGCAGUGAACGGUCGCUUUAGAAUGAGGAAUCCUACUGUGCCCAUGAGCUACUUGGGCAAUGUGGUGCUGUGGGCUUGGCCUCGCUCUAAGGUGAAAGACCUCUUGUCCAAGCCAGUGCGACAUGCAGCUAGGCUCAUACAUGAUGCAGUGGCUAGAGUCGAUGACGACUACUUCAGGUCAUUCAUUGACUUCUCAAGCUCAAAGGAAAAGAUGGAAGGGCUGGUGCCGAGCGCCUAUGGGGGAGAUAUGGUGUUGAGCCCUGACUUGGAAGUGUCCUCCUGGUUGAAUAUCCCCUUCUAUGACAUGGACUUUGGUACAAACCGCCCUCGCCUCUUUGUACCUUCAUAUGAGAGAGUAGAAGGGUUCUUGCAUAUCGUGCCUUCCUUCACUGGCGUUGGAGAUGUUGAUGCCUUCGAUUCUCUGUUUGAGAAGGACAUGGGAUCCUUCAUAAUGGACUGUAUUAUUUAGAUUAGUACUUAUAUGCCAAACCUAGUGUAUGUUUUGAAACUUAAUGCUCCCUUUCACGCUUUCUACUUUCACUUGUUUAGGUAGUCCCCAUGUUGUUGCUAUGGACAAUGUCAGUGAAUUGUGGUGAUCAUAUGAUUUGGUA